AUGCCUGGAGUAAUCAACACCACCGUCGGCAGCAGGAAGGGUACCAAGAGCCGAAACCUCGAUGUCGUGUUUGUUCACGACUCGACGGGUAGCCAGGACCCAUAUCUCCACUCUGCCACCCAGGAGACGCGCAACUACUUCAAGCUCAUUUCUGAUGGCCUCAAAAACGCGAAGCACUCUGGGCCCAAGGGAACUGCCCGCUUCCGUCUGAUUGCCUUCCGCGACCACCGCGAGCAAGGUGAUGCGUGGACAAUCAAAGACACACACGACUUUACCUCAGACCCGGAUGUGUUGGAGAAGCAGCUGAAGGCUCUGAGAGCGGAAGGCGGUGGUGACGGGCCAGAGGCUCAACUCGAUGCUCUUGAUGCGGCUCUUCGCUCUGCCUGGAGGGGUGACGCGCAAAAGGUCGUUUUCUUGAUUACCGACUCGCCGCCCCAUGGUGUCGAGCCUGGUGACAGGGUACCGAAAAGCCAGCCCAGUUCUAUCAACACUCCUCGUAUUGUGUCGGAUUACCGCAAGAACGACAUCAUGCUGUUUGUCUUGGGUUGCGUACCGGAAAUUAACACGUACAAGCGGGCUGUUCACUACUACAAGCAAAUGGUAAAGGACAUUGGCACUGGGGGUGCUUAUGUGCCAAUGAAAGUUGCCUCCACCAAGGAUUCGGCGCGCAUGCGCUUCUUGGUUGUCGGCUCCGCCCUUAACGCCUACGAUGUCGCACAUAUUGAGCACGAGUACCACGACUGGAUUAUUGAUCAGGCCAACAGCGGUCACGACGCGAAGGAAAUUGCCAAGUCGCUGCACGGCAAGCUCAAGAAGGAGGGCCACAAGUGCCACGAGAUCGACCACGACCAUUCAGGCCACUGCAGUGGAUAUCACCACAAUGUCAUCUCGCAUGCUCGGGUCCAAGAUAUCGUCGACCGUGCACUCGAUGGGAAGCGGACACACAAAAAGACAGUUCGGGCGAAGGCGCGCUUGUAG